UUCAAGUAAUGACGUGUCUUAAAAGCAACAGAGCCGAGGAGAGACGCAUGCAACUCGAUAUGUUUCGUAUUUGUUUAUUUUGUAACAUAUUGAGAAUUUACUGUUGAGGUUAAGUUCAGUGUGAUGCGGAGAGAUAUUUUACUGAUUGUGCUGACACUCGUUAAUGUUGGCAGUUUUCACGAAGAAAAACCAGAUAUACUGCUUUGCCGUCAGUGUGGUGCUGAUGUAGGACAUUCGAAGCACAUAUUUAAUGUUUACAGCCCCUCUGGGACUGUUCUUCGUAACCAGACGUGGUUUGGUAAAAAGUUUGUUGAUGUUCACAUUUUCGAAAACCCAUUGGGUAUUAAGUUCCGCGUUGUGACGUUAGCUAAAGCUGAAUGUGUUGGAAUUAAUGAAUGGCAAAGAGAAUAUACUUGGUUUCCUGGUUAUGCAUGGAAAAAUUGUAUGUGCUCUCAUUAUGGUCACCAUUUAGGAUGGAUGUAUGAGCCUUUAGCAACUGCCAAUAACAGACAGGCAUUUCCUUCAAGUGAAGGUUUUUAUGCAUUGAUAGUGGACGAUAUCAUAUCAGAGAGCUGACGAUUCUGCCUGGUGUGCAGCAGCACAUGGUGGAGGCAGGUGGUGGCCGGAACGACCUGACAAUUCCAGUUUACAGCGAGAGCCGUCAUUGAGGCGUCCAAACUGUACGGGAUGGGGUACAAGAAUGCAGCUGACCUAACCGUGUCGCCGUCUAGGAGAGUGAAUGUCGAACUAAUA